AAGCCACAUUUGAAACUUGGGAAGAAAUGACGUAUCGGGCAACAGCGUCUUUUUACGGCCCUGCUGCGAUAUGACAAAAAUAGCAGACGACAGUGCGCUGCGACUUCGGCGGCUGCCGCCGUCCCGCUGUCCCUCCUCCUCUCGACAUCUACUGAUCCGUACGUGAACGCGGAGGAGGCGAUCUGAGUAGUUUUAUCGAAGUUUUCUCGAAGUGCGAAAUUUUUACGAACGACAAACCCACUGCGAAAAUGGCCGAGGUAACGGACUUCGGACCAAGAAAAACGUUUUUUAUACUCGCGGUCGUGAUCGGCUGCUUCACCGUGCUGUGGCCGAAAAUUCUGCAACCUAUGUUCAUAGGAUUUGUCAUUCCACAUCACCCCACUUCGGAUGUGUGCUGCGAAGUGAUAUUCGAAAGCGAUGUCACUGCAGUGGACAUCAUGCAAGAAAUGUGUCAAAACAUAUUGAGACAUCAUCCAAUUGAUCCACGCGUGAGAGACGCCUUAAAACUUAGCAAGCUGACCCCUCAAACCGCGAGUUUGUGUAGAGAAGAGGUUCUAGCUAGAUGCGGCAUAGACUUGUCGUCUUUUCUUGCCGAAAGAGAAAGUUUGGGAAAAACCUAUAAACAAGUGCUGGAAGAAAUUAGAUCAUUCAAUAGCUCCCUUUGCCUCAAAAUAAAUUUUGGUGUCCCACUGUCGCAAUUAGGGACACCUCAUCUUAUUAGAUAUCAUAUCUUAAUGCCACACAAUGCUAUACAACAAGAACGUCGUACUCCUCCUCAUGCAGGCGGAAUGCAUCCUGCGCUGAGAGAAAGGGGAAGGGCCAUACCAUCCUCUCAUAUUGUACCAAAGAUAAUCGACAGGCCACCGCCACCCGGCGAAUUUAUGCCAAAAUUGCCAAAAAUGAGGCCACCUCUCGGUGGUGCUGGUUACGUUGUUCCACCCAAAGGUUCCACCAUCCUAUCCAGCAUGGGAAUUGUUAUGCCAAUGUAUACAAUAGGAAUAAUCGUGUUUUUCAUAUAUACCAUUAUUAGGAUUCUUAGAAAGAAUACCGAUAGCGAGAUUAUUUCGGAAUACCCAGGAGCAGCUGCUGAAAAGGAAUUUCGGAGAAAGGUAUUCAGUCCAGAAGCUCUUGCUGCUGCAAUGACUGGAGGGCAUUCCAAAUUCCAUUCAAUCAACCCAUAUUAUCUAAGAGAAAAGUCACCGUACGAGACUGCUCCAACUAUUGAGGAAUUAAACGAUCUAGAUGGGUCUCCAAAGUCCAAUGGUCUGGCAGGGGUCGAUCGCGGUUCUAAGGACACUGCAGACCAGGAAUCACAUAGUAAGGAAGAUGAAGAAUUAGACAUAACAGAACAAUCUCCAACUGUUAAAGUCAUGGGUAUGGAAAUGACAGCUAGUUGUGAAAGUGGACAGAAAUGUAGCAGACCCACCACUCCCAUUAUUCCUACACCAAGUAACAUUGAAAGAGAAAAAACGCCGCCAACAUCUAUAUAUUUAGAGGGUGCACUUCCACCACAAUGUGAAUUACUAGUAACCGAUUCAGAAACUCAAGCUGAAAAGUCAGAGGACGAUGACGACGCUCCAGUUGUUCUCUCAGGCAAAAUGACUCUCUCUCUCAUCAGUCUCGACCAGAUUCCAGCUGAUUCAGAAGCUGAAAAUCCAGAUGGUAAGAAAAAAAGGGUUUUGGAUACUCAAGCGGAAAUUAGAGAUGUAAAAGAUAUGAAAAAUACAAUAUUGCAAAAGGAGAAAGAUAAAAAAAAGAGAGAAGAAGAAAAGGAUAAAAUUGAAGAAAAAAUAGAGGAAGAGGAAACUGAAGAGGAAGUAGAGGAAGAAGAAAAUGAAGAAGAGGAACUAGAGAUAGUCGAAAUUGAAGGACAAAAGGAACUAGAGAAAGAGGAAAAUAAAGAGGAAGUAGAAGAAGAGGAACUAGAGGAAGAAGAAAAUGAAGAAGAGGAAGAGGAAGAAGAGGAAGAUGAAGAUGACGAAGAUGAAGAUGAGGAAGAUGAAGAUGAGGAAGAAGAAGAGGAAGAAGAAGAGGAAGAAGAGGAAGGAUACUUAGGAAAAGACACGGAUGACGACAAAUUAGAUUAAAAACUUAGAAAACAUAAAGAAAAAGAAAUAAAAGUAAAAGAAACCAGCUAAGAGUGAAAAGACUUUUAAAAGUAAUUCUGUUUGUUCAAAAAUGGAUCAGUGUUUACCAAUCUUUAAUAAGUCCCUUUAUUAUAAUGAAAAUAACUAUGAUUAUCUCAUAAUACAUAUGUAUAAGAAAGCUGGUUUAAUAUGAAGAUGCAUAAAUUGUUGGUUAAGCACUGCCAGAUACCUAAAAUGUUAUAUGUAUUACAUUUCCGAUUUUUUUAAAUCACUAUAUUUGACAUUUUAUAGAAUUGUAAAUUUAUUAAUCAUAGGGGCCAAAAGAAAGAGAGGCAGUGCUAUCUGUGCCACAAUGCAAUGAUGACAUAGAUACUUCGACCUAUAACCUAUUACAUUAUUACUUG